UCCGUGCACAAUACUGGGCAGAGUGCGCGAGUCGCAAGAGCUCUUUCUGCCUGCACCUUCACCGGUGAGUGGAUCCAUCGUAGCUGGCCGCCAUAUCUUGCCCGUUCAGUAUGGCGCUGUCGGUGCUGGGCUGCCUGCUGCUGGCAAGCGUGCUCAAUUUGGCAAGCGGACAGACGUUGCCAGAGAGCGUAUUCAAAGUGCUUACGGCCGCGGAACUGAGGGAAAUAAAUCUCCGACAGAAUCCCGGACUUUUAGAAUUUGCCGCACGCACUGGUGAGACGGUCAGGGUCGAAAUUACGGCAUCGUCGCAGGGUGCCAUCGUGCAAGAAGCCGUCACAACGAUACUUGACUGCGGUCCGUGGCUCAGGAACUUCCCUGGAGGGUCUGUGCGGUGGUUCAGGUAUCGAUACCUUGAUCUGGACCACAUCAAUUUAGCACUACCGGUAUGAGAACAGGUCCCGGAAGUUAUUAACUCGUUUACCAACCAGCGUGCUAACAUUACGGGGGCCUUCAACGAAAUCUACACGAUCAUCAGGGGUUUGAUCGCCGUGGACGCUGAGGACGCUAGUCGAGGCGUGUACGAGUGCCAAGUUUGCAUUGGAAGGGACACUGAAUUCGAAAUUUGUCACAGUGCUAACACGACCGUUGCUAAUGCUGGAAGACCGCCAAUCAUUGACGUCGGCGUGGGAAGAGUUCCUCUUGAGGGUACGAAUAACCUUCCUUUGGUGACGUACAACAUUGGGUCAACCAUUUGUCUUAUAAUAGACCCAGUUGAUCCCAGCAGAAAUCGCCCAAUCCAACUUGCAAGGCUCCGCUGUGCAGACGUCGGAGAAGUCAGUGAAGAAAAUAUACCAAACGCUCUGCCUGCAGCAGUCGUUACGUGGGAGCAUACUGACCUUGAAGGCACUUCAGCCUUUUUUGCAAUAAACAGGCCCCCUGACGAAAUAGAUGAUGUCGCAUACACCCCUCCUGAUGAAUUCUCUACGGCAUUCCCAGGCCUUGUUGGACUAGGUUCACCUUUCACAGUUUCAACUGACACUGGAAUGGGUGCUAGUGGUGUUGACUUUUCUCUCAGUAAUAUCACAAAGAACUUCAGUAACUUAGAGUACCUGGACCUGAGAAUGGCAUUUGGAACAUGGACGUGCACACUUAACAACUCUCUUGGAUCACAAACAGAAGAAACCUUCAUCAGUGACUGGUGUGGUGAUGCGAUUCCAUCGAUUAUUCGUAAUUGUGCUGGUAUCGGCCAGUUUAUUCCUGCUGGUGGUGUUUAUCUGCUUGACCUCAAAUCGACUGUUCCUGUUAGAGCAGGCUGUGAUGUGUGUUUGCCUUCCGGAUCUUCCCUGGCCCUAACACUUACCUGCCCCACUAACAUCGAACGUUUUCCAGAAGAUACACUUACAGGAUACCGAUGGACGGAUGGUGCUGGUAAUCUCCUGAGUGAAGCCUCGUUUCUGACAGUAACGAAAACAGGGACGUACACUUGCACUGCUAUGUUUGGGGACACUGGAAGCGACAGUGCAACUUCAUCCGUCAACUUUGCACCAGAUGUCGACAUAAAAGCAGUACGAUCUAGAGACUCUAUCCCAUUUGACACCCUUGGCUGUGAAAGGUUGAGAUAUAUGGAUGCAGAGGUUGAAUCAGGCGAUGUUUGUGCAUUUUUUGACACACAAAGUGGAAUUAAUGAAGGAGAAGAUGUAACCAUCACUUGUGAGGCAGGCCAAGAAAAUGUUACAGCUGUUCCAAGCAUAAUAGGAUUUCCGAUAUUUGAUGGUACAAUUCGAGCAAGUAGAGUUGUUGAUGGAACUAGGGUGGCUUGUGGUGUGACUAAUGCUCCAGAUGGCAUUGACCAAGAUUGUGCUGCAGCUGUGGGACUUACUGUCCAUACCUAUGAGCCUGCAAGAAUCGUCCGAGGAAUGGCUGAUAUCUGUGAUGGUCGAUCUGCAGGUUUCAGCCAAACCGCUUACUUUCUUCCAAACCCAACUAUUGUGAGCGUUUGCUGUGAGGUGUUAGGGUACCCUGAUCCAGAGGUAGAGUGGUAUCGUCUCAGAACUGGUCCAGGAGGAAUCACUUUUGAGGACCCAAUAGGAAAUGGAACUACUGACUACAAUGUUGAUACUGCAACAUACACCCUUACAAUACCAAACUAUGAUGCAGCAAGGGAUGACGGUACAUAUGUGUGCCGAGCACAAAACAUUGCUGGCAUUGAUGUUGCAACUGCUGCACUGACAACUACUGAAACAACCUACCGAUGGGGAGUUGGAGAGUGGUGCGAGUGUGAGCCACUCUGCUCCAAUGGAACUCGUUCUCGGAAAGUAUGGUGUGAGACUUUUCCUGAGCGUAUUGUGGUUGGAGAGACCUUCUGCGACUGUGUACAAAAGCCAGACGAAUCAGAGUCUUGUUUGAAUGUCCCAGGUCUUUACUCCUGCAGCAAUCUCAUACCACUCUGGAAGACUGGUAACUUCUCAAAGUGUUCCAAGGGAUGUGCUGGUGGAGUGAGGUAUCGUCAGGUGUACUGUGCUAUACCUCUUAAUGGUACCAGAGUUCAUGACUAUCGAUGUGUCGAAAAUAUAUGGGCCGCUACAAACACCACCUUCUUACGACAUCUGCUUUAACAGAUGUUGUGUCACCGACAAUUAUCCAGAGUACUGUCGCUACACUGGACUUGGCCCAUGUUCUAACCCAAUUUACCAGCAGCACUGUUGCUGGACAUGCGGACUCUCUCAUCAAGGAUGAAAUUGAAGGGGAAUAGUAAUUCAUGAUGCCGUACAUAGCCUGUUUUUGACUACUAAGAGUCUAAUACUGUUCACAACGUGCAUGCAGGAACAUAUUUUGUCCUCACAUGUUGCAAGCGUAAACAUUUUACGUUACUCUGUGAGGUCUUGUGAAUGUUUAUCAUUGUAGUACAAAAAAAUUGUCUUGUCAAGUCCUUUAUCAUGUCAUUUGAAAUAAUAUCUCACUGUCAGAAAGCACAUCUGUGAAUUUUUGUGGUCAUGUUACUAAGUCAACAAUGGCAUUCCGACCUGCCUGGCAUCUUGACUUGAAAAGGCCCUGACCAGUAACCUGAAUGCAACUUGGUGUCAACAUUUCUUCUGACUUUUCUUGAAGUUAACACAUCCUUUACAGUUUACAGUUAUACUAAAGGAGAGUUAGCUAGUCUUCAACACUAAUUGGGUCACUCCUG